AGGGACGAGGAGGACUCCUGAAGAGAGAGGAGGAAGAGGAGGAAGAGGAAGAGGAGGACGUCCAGCCUGCAGAAUGACGGACACGAGACAUGCAGCGGGUCUGAUGGAGGACGAGACCUGGGUGGACUUAUUAAAAGAGAAGAAGGAUGGCUGUGAUCUGUCCCACGCCUGCAGGCCCUUCAACCCUCAAACCUACAGCGGAGCUUCCCACUGCACCACAGCCGAACUCAACGCGGCAGUGCUGGAGUCCCACUUCCUGCACCGCGUGGCCACAGAGGUUGCCAUGGAGACGGGGGUGACCGUGAAAGAGGUGAAGGAAGAAGCUCGCUCGAUUCUGGAGGAGAUGUCUCAGAACCUGCAGCUGGGCUUCGUCCGGCUGAUGGGCUUCGUCCUCACCAAGGUGCUGAAGAGGAUCUUCACCGGCGUCUUCUUCAACAUGGACGGACUCAACACGCUCCAACAAGCUGUCAAGGAGAAUCCUGUCAUCCUGAUGCCCAAUCACAGGAGCUAUGUGGACUUCCUGGUCAUCUCAUACAUCCUGUUCACCUAUGACAUCCCUCUGCCCGUUAUUGCUGCAGGAAUCCCUCUGGCAGGGAUGAGCAUCGUGGGGGAGAUCCUGCGUCGCUCCGGAGCGUUCUUCAUCCGACGCUCCAUCGGAUCGGACAAACUGUACUGGGCGGUGCUGUCAGAGUACGUCCGCAGCAUCGUCAGGGGAGGAUUUGCUCCUGUGGAGUUUUAUGUGGAAGGUUUGAGGAGCCGCACUCUGAAGUCUCUGACCCCAAAGUUAGGGAUGAUGCAGAUGGUGCUGGAGCCCUACUUUAAGAGCGAGGUGUUCGACAUCACGCUGGUGCCGAUCAGCAUCAGCUACGACCGGGUCCUGGAGGAGUCGCUGCUCGUUCACGAGCUGCUGGGAGUCCCCAAGCCUAAAGAGAGCACCGCCGGACUGCUGAAGGCCAGUCGAGUUCUGCAGGAGGAUUACGGCAGCAUGCACGUGAACUUUGGCCGCCCUUUAUCUGUCAGGCAGCUGUGCGAGGGCAGGAUAAACCGCGGCCACUACAACCUCAUACCAAGGGACCUGGUCCAGAGCCCCACCGCCCAGGAGCAGGCCUGCGUCAGCUGGAUUGCCCACCGCGUGGUGCGGCUCCAGGAGCAGGGCUCCCUGCUAGGCCCCUGGCCCCUGAUGGCCUGCCUGCUGCUCCGGGCUCCGGCCGCGGUUCUGACCGGGGAGGGUCUGCCCUGGCGUCAGCUCAGAGAGGAGACGCUGUGGCUCCGGAGGUUAGCUCUGGACUUCGGGGCUCUUCUCAAGUUUCCCGAACCAAGCCCCGGGUUUGAUGAGAUGUCGUCCGCCGUGGAGCUUCAUCGCUCCGUCGUCCAGCGUAAAGAGGGGCGUAUCUACCUGGUGGAGGAGGAGCGAGAUAUUCCCAGGAAACAUCCGCUCAGCCCGGAGGAGGGCGUGCUCAGGACGGCGGCGCCGCUGCUGAUGCUCGCCGCGUACCAGAACCAGUGUCUGCACAUAUUCGUGCGACCGGCCAUGCUGGCCGUGGCCGCUCGGAUCGCAGGAAGCACCCAGAGAGAUGAGCUCCUCGCCGCCUUCUGCUUCCUGCAGGUCGUCUUCUCUAAUGAAUUCAUCUUCGUCCCCGGCAGGUCGCAUCAGGAUUUCGAGGAGGCGUGCUCCCUCCUGGAGAAGUGUGGAGCCGUUCAGGCCGAUCGGCAGGAGGUGACCGUGGCCCCCGGGGGACAGGAGGUGUUUUCCUUCCUGCAGGAGCUGCUGCAACCCUUCAUCCACUCCUACCAGCUGAUUUUCCAGCUUCUGUGUGACGAGGGAGUCCAAGUGUUGACGGAGAAACACUUUCUACCCACUGUGAGGAACAAGGCGACCAAUCUGAUCCUCUCAGGUGACCUGGGCACCUACGAGGCGCUCUCGUCCGACACGCAGAAGAACGCCCUGUCGGCUCUGCGGCGGCUGGAGGCCGCCACCAAGUUGAGGGCGUCUGAGCAGAACGAGUACAAAGUGAACCUCGCUGCGGUCAGAAGAAUCGGCGACGCGCUCUCUGGGAAAAUCCCUCCCCAGAUGCUCCAGGCUACACCUGACGCCAGACUUUAGCCUCAGUUGGAAGAGAUCCACCUCGCAUAUCAUCCUCCUCCUCCUCCUCCUCCUCCCACGCCCUUCGUCCUCACCCUCCCGCCUUCAUGAUCAGAAGCACUGCAGCUGCACUCUGAGCCCUCAGACUGAACCGCGUUAUCGUUCAUGUCAGUGACCAGACUUUAACCUGGCCGCGUUCCACCUGUGAACGCCGGCCUCCUCGGCCUUAUCCCGUGCAGAUCUGAGACAGCUCAGGGUAAAGCUGAAGAAAAAGUCCUGGCAUGGUGACCCGAAGGUGACAGCACUACCGAUUUGUUUUGUAUGAUGAUAAUCACAAAUACCGUUAGGCAGCAGUAAUAAUCCAUCAUAAAAUGAUGCAUCCGUGGUGCCUGUGGAUCAAGAGACUGAACUAUACUGUAGUAUUUGAUGAUUUGAUGAAAAAAAAAAAUAACUAGUACCUUUGAAUACUUGAAUGUUUGUGAAAGGACUUAUAGUGAACAAUCACAGCACUUGAUUGUAUCUGAAUUAACGUUGCACUACAACUUCAAACACUGUAACUCAUCAAGGAUGUCAGGCUUCACGUGUUUUUGAGACGUUUAUUUUUAAACUUCUUUACAUCUCAUUAAAUGCAAAAGA